CAUUAAUUUGAAAACAUUCAAUACACCGGAAAUUACUUAACAAUUUUUGGAUAUAUUUUUAUAUACAAAUUCUAUUUUUUGCAGUUUCCUACAAAACAAAAUGGCGGCUUCCAUGAGAGCAAAGCAGCUGACUUCCUGUUACAAUGGUCGCUGAUUGGUUCGUUAAUAAUGAGAGAUUUAACUUUACACAGCGCUUCUAGCUUUGGAUCAUUCCAUCUAUUACACAUGAUGUUGGACGAGUACACGUUCCUGGUUCUAGAAACACAGAAUGAACUGAUCCGAGAACACACUCUACAAACCAACUUACAGAAACACAUGAAAACAACCGAAACAAUCAAGAUGGUUUCCAGGGUUAGGGCGGGUAGCCAAUCAAAUUCUUCACCUAAAGUUAAAAAGAGAAAGAUGGAUACACGAGUCCCUGAUGACGUGACUUCCUCUCUAGAACUGCCUAAAGACUGUGAAUCACAUGAAGACACCGGUACAUCCGACCACGGCAUGUUUAUUCAUCCUAUACCAAGCCAUAGAGAUGUACCUUAUUGUUAUUCUACAAAUUAUUAUUCUCCAAGACAUUAUCAAAGUUUUAAUAAUGGUGUCUUUGAGAGACCUUACCUGCCCCAGUUUGGUGUCAGCCAUACUUACUCUGAUUACAUAAACAAUAGUUCCUCUUUCUCAUCUCAAAGAUUAUCGUCUGCUUAUCAUCAAGAACCUCAUUCUUAUCACGGACAUAAUUACACGUCAUAUCCUGCCCUAGCGAGAAGUAUAUCGCCUGUCACGUCAUCAUAUUGGCCACUGACUGAUAGCAGACCAUUUCCGGUUCCGGUAGUACCGGAGUCAAUAAAUGAGUAUAGUUAUGGAAGCGGCCAUGAUGGAUAUAAGAAAUCGAGUUAUACCAGAAGUGGAAUAUAUCCCGAGUCAGUGGAAUCAAGUUUUCCUGUUUCUGCCUUCAGCUCGUCUGUUGAUUCAAGUCAAUAUGUAUAUGAUCGGCCAUUGUAUCAAGAUGAAUGCUACUCAACCAAUAUGUCGUUAAGUCGUCCAGGCUAUAAACACUACUUCACACAGAAUACAGGAUAAAUAGAACAAUUAAUCUAUAACAACUUGUAGUCGAGUCGUCCAGCCUAUAAACACAGAAUACCAGAUAAAUAGAACACUUAAUCUAAUAAAAUUUACUAUAACAAAUUGACAU